AUGAUUGCUCAGAUUCUCAAUGUCGCCAACAAGUCCUUUGACUACGUGAUUAUUGGAGGAGGGACGGCCGGAUUGACGGUCGCUUCGCGCCUCCUUGAACACUCAAACAAGCGGUCUGUGUUAGUGCUCGAGGCGGGAGAGCCCAACCUCGAUGAUCCGAAGGUUUUGCUAGGAGGUACUUUCGGCAGUACAUUUGGUGAUCCAAAGUACGAUUGGGGGUUUUCGACGACACCCCAGAUAUACUCAAACAACCGCACCAUGGGUUGGAACCGCGGAAAGGGUCUCGGUGGUAGCUCGUGCAUGAACUUCUAUGUGUGGUGCAAGCCGUCCGCCACGGACAUCAAUGCGAUCGACGAGCUCGGUAACCCCGGUUGGAACUGGAAAUCGUUUCAAGAGUGCACGACACGUAUCGAACAUUUCACAGAGGCAUCCACGGAUCAACUCGCAGAACUCGCGCAUACCCACAUCAAUGCGUAUCGCGGGAAGAGCGGCCCGAUCAAGACUACCGUUCCCGGGACCGCCGCACCUCUCAACAAAGCGUUUCUGGACACACUUCAGAACAUGGGCGUGCCGCUGCUCAAGGAUCCAUACGGUGGAAACGUGACAGGAUGCUGGCAGGCCUCUGCGAGCUUGGACCGCGAUGCGCAGUGGACUCGUUCAUAUGCCGCAACUGCGCACUAUCUUCCCAACAAGGACAGCCCCAAUCUCGUGGUUCUCACCGAAGCCACUGUGGCCCGAAUUCUCUUCGAGAAUAAAGCAGGCUCCGACGGCAACCUAGUCGCUAACGGCGUCGAGUUCAUCUACGGAGGUCAGGAAUAUCGGGUUGGCGUCAACAGAGAAGUUGUCUGCUCUGCUGGGACGAUUAAGUCUCCGCAAGUCCUGGAGCUCUCCGGCAUAGGUCGACGAGAAGUGCUGGAGAAGAUCGGCGUCCCCGUCAAGGUGGAGCUCUCAGGUGUCGGGGAAAACCUCACCGACCAUACGUUCUGCGGUAUCUCGUACGAGUUGGACCCAUCGACUCCUCACAAGACGUUCGACAUAUUCCGCGACGUGAACUUGGCGAAAGAACAGGCUAGACUUCAGGCUCUCGGGGAAGACAACAUGCACCGCUACGGCAUCAGCGCCUUCUCUUACCUUCCGAUACAGACCAUCAACCCGGCAGCAUCUCAGGAUAUUGUCGCCGGUGCUGAACAGCUGAUCGCGGAGCAGAUCAAGAGCGGCAAACUUCCUCCAGGCCUCGCUGAACAGUACAAGAUCCAGCUUCGUGUCCUCAAGGAUCCAACUGAGCCCGACCUGGAGUUGAUCGGUGUGAACGGCUACAUGAGUCAUCGCUCCAUGCCCGGCGAGGGAAAGGCUCAUAUUACCAUUCUAGCGGUGCUGCAACACCCCUUCUCACGUGGAACCAUUCAUUGCAAGACAGAUAGCCCGACGGACCAACCUGACAUUGACGCGCAUAUCUUUGAGAACCCGUACGAUCUUGAGCUAUUCAAGGAGAACGUGAAGUACGUCAGGCGCAUGGCUCAGACGGAACCUCUCAAGUCGCUCCUUGUGCGCGAAGUGGACCCAGGUCCGGAGAACCAGACAGAUGAGCAGAUCAAGGAGUACAUCAAGAACUACAGUUACACCUGUUUCCACGCCUUGGGCAGCUGUAGCAUGCUUCCGCGGGACAAAAACGGUGUCGUCGACUCGACUCUGAAGGUCUACGGAACGAAGAAUGUUCGAGUCGCCGACUUGUCCGUCAUCCCCAUGGAGAUUUCUGCCCAUACGCAAUCCGCCGCGUACUAUGUCGGAGAAAAGAUGGCCGAAAUCUUGUUGAGCGCAUACUAG